CACCCCCACUUCCUCCACACACAGAGGCACAUCCAUGGCUCUAAGUGUCUGGGUCUCUGUCUAAGACCCUCUCUGUCCCUGUUCCUCAAACUCUGGGUCUCUCGUAGCCUACUUCUCUCUCACUUUCCCUCUGCAUUUGCCAGAACCUGACCCCCAUCCCCAGAAUGUUCCUCCUGCUGACAGCACUCCAGAUCAUAGCUCUAGCCAUGGCACAGAGCCAAGGGGAUGAGAACAAGAUACUUGGUGGUUAUACAUGCAUCCAGAACUCCCAGCCAUGGCAGGCAGCCCUGCUGGCAGGUCCCUUUCGUCGUUUCCUCUGUGGAGGGGCCCUGCUGUCACGCCAGUGGGCCAUCACCGCUGCUCACUGUGCACGCCCGAUCCUUCGCAUAGCCCUGGGCAAGCACAACCUGAAGAACUGGGAGGCCACCCAGCAGGUGCUGCGUGUAGUUCGCCAGGUGCCACACCCCCAGUACAACUCCCAGACCCACAAUAACGACCUGAUGCUGCUGCAGUUGGAGCGGCCCAUUCAGCUGGGGAGGGCAGUGAGGCCCAUCACCAUAGCCAGUUCCUGUGCCCGCCCAGGAACUCCCUGCCUCGUGUCGGGCUGGGGUACCACAUCUAGCCCCAUCGUCAGGUACCCUAACUCCCUGCAAUGCGUGAACAUCAAUAUCUCCUCGGAUCAGGAGUGUCGGCAGGCUUAUUCCCAAGCCAUCACCGUUGGCAUGGUCUGUGCAGGUGUUCCCCAAGGUGGGAAGGACUCUUGUCAGGGUGACUCGGGGGGACCCCUAGUGUGCAAAGGACAGCUCCAAGGCCUCGUGUCCUGGGGGAUGGAGCAUUGUGCCCUGCCCGGCUACCCUGGAGUCUACACCAACCUGUGCAAGUACCGAACCUGGAUCCAGAACACCAUAUGGAACAAAUGAUUGCUGCUGUAACUGAACAUCAGCUGCCCACUUGCUUCACCAGACCCUGCUCUCUCUCCACUCAAGACCCAGGGUCAUGGGCCCCCAGCCCUUUCCUCCCUCAGACCCAAGAGCCUUCACCCUCAGCCCUCUAUUCCCUCAGACCCUGGAGUCCAGACCCCAAACCCCUCCUCCCUCAGACCCAGGAGUCCAGAUCUCCAGCUUCUCCUCCCUCAGACCCAGGAAUCCAGACCUCCAGCUUCUCCUCCCUCAGACCCAUGAGUCCAGGACCCCGGCCUCUUGAUCCGGACCCCUGGCCCAGGAAUCUCCUUUUCCAGAGAAGUCCUUCAUGGUUCCUCUCCCUACUCCCACAGCAUCAUUAUUCAAGGCCCCUUAGAUAUGGAAACAGGAGUGUGAAAGCACAAAACUGGCACCAUCCCCCAGGGAAGACAUUUUUCAAAACUCUUACUGUCUCAAAACACCAGAUAAAUAAUAAGAAAAAAAUGGAAUAAUCCUAAAUUCCAUUCACUUGUUCAUUUAAUUCAUCCAAUGACUAUGCCUACAGUGGCUUCAUUGUAUCCAGCCAGGAACCACGUUCCUGACAAGUGGCUGGAUCGUGUGUGCUGCUCCCUGGAGGCACCCCCCAUCCACCAUACCUGGUGUGGUAGAAGGAAAUGCCCAGCCUUGCAGCAUGACCCUGAGCAAGAUUGCCCUCCCUGAGCCACUGCUCCGGGUCCUGUGAGCAGGGAUGGCUGAAGUUCAGAGCAGGGAGGGCAAAGACUCACCUUGUUUCUUGGAAAACCGUAUGCAAAUAAAAAGGUCCUCUUUUUCCUAAUCAGAUCUCAGGUGAGGAGAGUUGAAUUAAUCACGCUCUGGAGUUCAAGUCCUGGCAGAGACCUGCUCUCAUUUUAUUUCUUGAUUCCAUCUGUCAUCCCUGGCUCCAGUACCUUCCCUCCCCACAGGCAGCAAUACAAAUGGCCUUGAAUACCAUGUAUCCUUGCAAAACAUGCCUCAUCUGUCACAAGCUAUUGCUGCUAAUUUACAUGAAGCCAUUGUAUUACGAAGUCUCAUUCUCUUUCUUACUUUCAUUCGUCAAAGACUAUUUAUUGGGUACACAGUACACCAGGCAUUAUUCUAGGUGCUGAGCUUCCCCUCACAAGUUUCCCCUCACAGAACUUAUACUCCAGCAGGAGGUGACACACCAGAAACAACAAAUAUAAUUAAAGAGUUAAUAGAAGGUCACAAGCUUGGCUCAGUUGGUGGAGCAUGCAACUCUUGAUCUCGAGGUUAUGGGUUCAAACCCCAUGCUAUAAUUUGGCCUGCAUCCUUCUAUAAAGCCAAAUAAAAGUAGUUUAGGGGCACCUGGGUGUCUCAGUGGCUGAGCUUCUGCCUUCAGCUCAGAGGGUGAUCCCCGGGUCCUGGGAUGGAGUCCUGCAUCAGGCUCCCACCAGGGAGCCUGCUUCUCCUCUGCCUAUGUCUCUCUGCUUUUCUCUCGGUGGUGUGUGUCUCUCAUGAAUAAAUAAAUAAAAUCUUUAAAAAAUAUACAAAUAAAAAGUAGUUUAGAUCAAAGAUUAACCCAAUUCCCAAACUAUACUCCCCACUGUGAUGAUUGAAUACUGCAUUUUAUUGUUUCUCGGAUGCACAUUCCUUCACAUUUUUAACAAUUCUGAAAUCAGGCAGCAUUUUACAACCAAUAGUAUCUUAGCAUUGUAUCAUAAUUUAAAUGACAGUUUCUUUCUCUAUCUCAGAGGUAUGCAAAAUAAUAGUGCAAAUACAAUCACCAGCACCUUAAAUCUGAUGAUACAGGGUAUUAUGGAAGGUGGGUGUAGGUGAGGAGUCAGGUUGAAGUAUUUUUUUAAGUUGGCUCUACACCCAAUGUGGGGUUUGAACUCACAACCCUCAGAUUAAGAGUCACAUGUUCUACUGACUGAGCCAAGAUUGAGGCACCAAGAUUGAGGUAUUAAAUAUGUGAUAUUGGGCAGCCCCAGUGGCGCAGCGGUUUAGCGCCACCUGCAGCCCAGGGCGUAAUCCUGGAGACCCUGGAUCGAGUCCCACAUCAGGCUCUCUGCAUGGAGCCUGCUUCUCCCUCUGCCUGUAUCUCUGCCUCUCUCUCUCUCUCUCUCUGUGUGUCUCUAUGAACAAAUAAAUAAAAUC